UUGCGCGCAUUACCCAGCAUGCACCGUGGGCUUUAGCCAUCUUGUUGAGAGGUGGAAUUUUUUUUCUCAUCACAAAUUUUGUUUCCCGAAAGUCCGUGAUCCCGAUUCGGUCCCAGCGCGUUAUCGCCUCGGGAGCGUGUGUACAAGCGGAGCAGCGCGAGUCGGCGUUUACACCAUGAGAUUAUUGUAGUCGCUACAAAAGCGUUUAUUUUGUAUAAGAUGCUAAAUGUGAGGCCGGGGGGAAGCGGGCCCCCAGCUCGCGCCUCGGACUAAAGUGGCAGCUCACGCCCGGGAGCAGCGCUCUCUCACUCGGCCUUGUGUGCACCGCGGACCCGGGACGGAGGCCGGGGGUCACUCCGGCUGAAAAAAAACAAACAGUCUGUAUUCAAGUCGGAUCUCGGUUUUAAUGGCCAUCUCUUGGUUUGAUCGCGCUUUAGGAACGCACCAGGACAGCAGUCGAAGAGGAAGCGGCAUGACGUAUAAUCAUUUAGCUUAACAGCUAAAAACCUCCUGUUGAUCCGACGCCAGUUUCCCCCCUGACUUGUGUGUGUUUAGCUGAGAAAAGCAGCAGCAUCGCUUUGACUUUGUCAGUGUGUUUAAACAGCGCGUUCGGUCGCCUACACGAGUGUCGAACACGUCUCAGGAUGUCAGCCAAGAAGAAGAGCUGCUUCCAGAUCACCAGCGUGACCCAGGCUCAGGUGGCCACGGGCGGCUGCGCCGAUGACUCCGAGAGUCUGGACGAUCCGGAUGAGUCCAGAGCCGAGGACGGAUCGUCGGAGAUCUACGAGCCGGAAGUGUGUGAGCGGAGGAGCUCGUCAGUGCACAGCGUCGGAGAAAGCGAGGCCGGGCACAGAGGGGCACAGCAGGGGCAGCUUGCUCACCACCCUGGAGCUCCUGGUUCAGCAGGUGGUCCUGGUCACCAGGUCACCUCUAACACCACCCCCACCAGCUGCAGUUCACGCUUCCGUGUGAUUAAGCUCGACCAUGGCACAGGAGAGCCUUUUCGCAGGGGUAGGUGGACAUGCACAGAGUUUUAUGAGAGGGAACCCGAUGUGGCGGCUGGUAGAACAUCAGAGCCGCCCAAGCAUGCCACCGAACACACCCCUGACCGGGACAGCGGAUUAGGUGCCUCUGUAGUGGUUCAGUCCAGUCAGGCGACGGAUGUCACCGCCGCCACCAGCACCACCACCACCAUGAUGCUCGAUUCGUCCACGUCACAUACCUCUGUGCUCCCUUUGGAAUCCGGUAACGACCCCCCUCAGGCUCUUCUUGCGCCAGGCUUAACCCAAGGCUCUCACGUGCAGAUUUCACCUGCUACUCCUCAAGCUUAUCAAACUCAGACGCAGCACAAUCCUCACUUACCUGUAGGCCUCCACAUACCAAGCCAAACAAGCAUGAUGCCUGACUACGGACAGCAGCACUUGCCCCAUGCUGUCCCCAUGCAAGGGGAGAUCAGCAUGCCUGUGCCAGUCAGCCAGGCGGGUGCAUCCAUUCCGAACUUAAUUGACUGGGCAGCAGUGAUGGCGCCUCUCGCCCCUGCACCCUCAGUUCAGAUUGGACCGUAUUCAGGUGUAGCCAUGACUGCUGGCCAAAAUUCACCUGUUCUGAGUACAGUAAACAUCCUAGUGCCCGAACAGAGUCGGAGGAAGUCUGAUGCUGCGGCCUCUGCUCCCCUUAUAGCCGCUGUUAAAGAGUCUGGGAAACCCUUGAUUACAGAGGAGUUGCCCCUCAUACCCAACCCUGGGGUAAACAGCCUGUUUGGGAUCCCCAUCCCCAUUGACGGGGACGAGGACAGGAACCCGUCUACACUUUUCUACAAAACCUUCCAGCCUGGUAUCAGGCUUCAGAGUGCUUCGGGAGCGAGCGUCGUGGCCAUCGAUAACAAAAUAGAGAAAGCCAUGGAUCUGGUGAAGAGCCACCUGAUGUACGCGGUGCGUGAGGAGGUGGAGGUGUUGAAGGAGCAGAUUAAGGAGCUGUGCGAGAGGAACUCAGUGCUGGAGCGUGAAAAUGCUGUGCUCAAGUCUCUCGCCAAUAGUGAGCAGCUCUCUCAGCUCUCGGGUCAAACGGCCGCCGCAUCGACGCCCACGCAGACGCCGGCCUCCAACCCGCAGCAGCCCAGCGUCUCCUCCGCUUGACAUCACACGCACACCCACCAGCACGUCCUCGCUCAGCACCAGCUUUAACCAGCAGCGCUUCAGUAUACACGCGGCGGUGUGUGUGUGUAUGUAUGGGGUGGGGACCAGAAUGAUUCAGAAGUGUUUCACUUUUUUUUUUUUGUUUUUUUUUUUUUUUGUUUUGUUUUUUUAAGAAGAAAAGCCAUGAGAAGGGUUUAUUUUUUAAAGCCGUUUUCGAGCAAGAGUCUAUUUUUUUGGAGCUGAUCGUGAUUCAUGAAAGGAAAAGAAAAAAGUAUAUAUAUGAUUAUGAUUAUUAUUAUUAUUAUUAUUAUGAUUAUUAUUGUUUUUUUUUGCUUGUCAAUUCACCAGUCAGUUAUUUAUUCGAGGGCUGCUACGUUCACACGUCCCGACUGUAACACAAACUUUUCCUGCUCCUCCUCCUCCUCCUCCUCCUCUUCCUCCUCCCCACUCGACCCAGUAAAGUCAUUUUAAAACGAAAAACAAAAGGUGCAGCCGACAGAAACGUGAGCAUGUGCGCGCGCGCACACCAGAUAAAAGCAGCGGGUUAAAACACUAACAGCCGUUUGUUUUUACCUCUCAACUGCGAAUGUGAAGGGGUCACGUGAGUGAAUGUACACGUAUCUCUGUUGUUUAUUUUUGUUUGCUUUUGUACAGAGUUUUUUGAAGAAGAAGCGAAGAACCAUCUUCAGUUCUGUAGGACGAAAUGAAAAAAUAUUUACGAACGGAUAUUUAGCUAUUUAGCUCUCUCACUCUCUUUCCCUCUCUCUCACUCUCUCUUUCUUUCUCUCUCACUCUUUCUCUCACUCUCUCUUUCCCUCUCUCUCUUACUCUCUCUUUCCCUCUCUCUCACUCUUUCUCUCACUCUCCUUCCCUCUCUCUCUCACUCUUUCUCUCACUCUCCUUCCCUCUCUCUUCCUCUCUCUCUCUCUCUCUCUCUCUCUCACCCCCCACCCCACACCUGGACAUCUGAGUUCAUACUAAAACACACAUCCGGGGUUUACACUGUACGACGCUGACGAGUCGUUAUCAUCGUCAUUAUAUUUAAUGGCUAAAUCGUGUGCGGAUCCGGUUUGUUAAAAGUGUAAAUUUCGGAUUUUCAAAUGACUUUCGAAGCGGAUGAAUUAACGUGCGUAAAAAAGAACCCGUUAAAUAGAUACGUAGUGCGAAGGUUCUAAAGUCCCGGGGCGGCGACGCAGCAGUGCGGAGGAAAGCGCAGCGUUUCGACUACAAACGAAUUCUCGUUUUAAAAAAUAAAUCGCCAUUUUAUUCAAUUACACACUUCGAAAUGUUCUUUUCUUAAAAACGGCUAAAAAAGAUCAAUAGAAGUUUCAAAUGUUUAUCAUGAAGAGGAAAAAAAAUCAACACAGUCGCUCAACUAUAUAUAUUACGUUAAUAAUUGUACAUAGCUAGUUAACUGUUUUAAUAAAAAAAAAACAGUUAAAACUAAAAACUAAUUAUUAAUCCUGCUUCUUUUUAAAACUUCAGUCGUGCGUGAAGCGGCCCCUCGUCUCCAAAGCACCGUUCACCGAACCCCACGGGACAUCUAGGGGUGUGGUGUAAUUUUAGACAAUUUGCGGUAGUUAGUGCCAAAAAAACAAACAAACAAACAGCGUGACGUUCUUCCUCUGUCGGCUCCCUGCAGUUCCAGCCCUUGUUUUAAAGUACAGUAUAACGUGUAAUAAUCAUGAGUGAAUGAGGAAAUAAUACGCCUUAAGUAUUGGGAUGAGUUGGGAAUCGCGUCCCUAAUCGUGAACCUACAGUUCUCUGGUGUUCUUACAGUGUACUCCCCAGUCCACGCCUCCAGAACGCGUAAAGCAGGCCAACACUUCGGCCGUGUCUUUUUGGUGGUUUUUUCCAAACCACGCACCAAUAAAAACACACGUCGCUUUCAGUUAAAAACGUUCAGAAACACGGCACGCCGAUCCGGCUACGUUUCGUCCACGUUCGUCUCACAAGAAGAGCUCGUGAGCCGACUCGCCAAAUCACAGCCGUGUUUUAUUCACGAGGCACGACCCUUACAUCGUGGCUGUGUUUCAUUUCAGUAAAUCCCUAAUGUGAAAUAUACGUAGAACAAAUAAAAGAUUCUCACACGAUUCGUGCCCUUUAAAAAAAAAAAAAUAAGACCCAUCUGAUGUCUGGCUUCACGUCUGAGCCUUUAAAAACAAACGGAAUGCGUCGGCUGUGUCUCAUUCAGGGAUUUUUAUUUUCUAGUUACGAUGCAGUCGGACACCAGCAGCCAAGGUGACGAACUCGUCGUACUUCUGAUAAAGGUCCUUAAAAUAAGACACAGCCUAAUCAUCUGACUCCUGUUUAGGUUGUUUAUGUUUUCAGGUUAGGAUGGGGGUUUACAAAAAAAAAAAAAGCUGUGAAAAAUCGUUUCAACCGACUUUGUAACCAAAGAUGCAAAGCAGUUUAAUUCUUUUUUUUUUUUUUUUUUUCUUCUUCUUAAUUUUAUGCACAUUUUGUUGAUAUUGUUCACGAUUGUCGUCGCUUUUUAGCAUGUUCUUGCAUGUUCUAGUAUUUUCUUCUUUUUUUUAUGUUGAACCACUUCCAUACCUCAUGUUUGUAUUCUGGUUGUGAGAUAGCAGGCUGUGAACAAUGUCGCGACAAGGGGCGGGGUCAGGGUUGCGGUGGGGGGGUGGGGUUACUGUGGGAAAACGGAAACUAGUGUUCUUUCUGCGCACUAGCCCGUGGAAAAAAAAUAUGAAGUGAGCCAUGUUUUUGUUCCUUUAAAUGGUGUUGGAGUUUCAUAUGCCAAUAGUUUUGUUACAUUGCAAAAACAAAUUUAAUGUAUUUAAAUAAAUGCAAUAUUCAAA